AUGUCCCUCGGGACCUUCUUGCAGGAUGAGAACUAUGGCUCCUGGGCGGAUGAGAUGGAGGACAUGCCCCUUCCUACCUCCGACACAAGACCAAGCUAUGGGUCAGAACGAAGGGCGUUUAGCACAACUACUGGCAUGGGUAAUGGCUAUCAAGAACGACGAGACACAUACCCUGCAAGAGAACAACUCCCUCUGCCCACGCAACCUCCUUUCACUGCACAUCUUGCAAACCUAUCAUUCGAUGCCACACAAGGAGACAUAAACGAUUUCUUUCGAGAUUGCCAGGUUACAAACGUCCGCAUUGUGGAAGACAAACAAGAUCGCAAGCCCAAGGGAUUUGGUUAUGUUGAAUUUGCAACUCUGGAUGGUCUGAAGGCUGCAUUGGCUCUCAGUGGCAGCAACUUGGCAGGUCGCCAGGUCCGUGUUAGCGUCGCUGAACCACCAAAGGAAAGACAUGAAACCCGCGAUUUCGGCGACUGGUCAAGAAAAGGACCCCUCCCAGAACUGCCGAAUCAACGCCGAGUUUCUGACAGGCCAGGUGGUUAUGGAGGGCGCAGCUAUGAUAACAUGUCCGACGCCGGAAGUGAGAGGGGCCACGGCAACGAACGUGGUCCACGGCGCGGAUAUGGAGAAGGAGAUGGAAAGGUUAGGGACUUCUCGAAUUGGGAAAGAAAAGGUCCGUUGUCACCAGUUACUCCUGGACCCACGACUCUGCGGGAGGGAGGGAGGCAAGGAAGUAAGGAGGGCUACAACUUCCGCAAGAAUUCGCCGUCCUGGGGCGAGGCGAGAUCACAGGACGGGUCUCGACCUCCACGACGCGAAUACGCCGAACGCCCCCCUCCUGAGCGACAGCCGACAGCACCGGAACUCGAUAAUCAAUGGCGCGCUCGAAUGAGGCCCGAUGCUGCCAAAGCGCCAACACCCGAGGCCAGCGAGCCUUCCUCUCCUGCAGCGCCGCCAGCUCCGGCGACCAGGCCGAAAUUGAAUUUGCAGAAGAGAACCGUUUCCGAAACGGACCCCGCUGCAUCCCCAGCUGCAAUUUCGGACACCAAAUCGAGCCCAUUUGGAGCAGCCCGUCCGGUCGACACGGCUUCGAAAGAGAAGGAGGUUGAAGAAAAGCGCCAACUCGCUAUCCGUCAGAAAAGGGAGGCAGAAGAAAAGGCAAAGGCCGAAAGGGCCGAGGAAAAGAGACUGGCAAAGGAGAAAGCCGAAUCGGACAAGGACCGAGCUAAGGAAACACCCAGCAAGGAGAGCAAAGAGAGCAAGGAGCCCAAGGAGCCCAAGGAGACAAAGGAGCUCGGAACCACGAAAGAGAACGGCGAGGACGACACUCAAGCUACUCCCAAGUUUGAUAUUCUUCGCCGUGCCGACACAGGCAUGAAUGAUAUGGUCGCAGAUGAGGAAAAUGAUGAGGGUGAAGAACAGCCUCAACCAACCGACGACAAAGCUGUGAAACCCAAACAAAUUGUGCAGACCCCUACGUCUACGAAGGCUAACGGUUCGUGGAGGAAUGGACCAGCCGCCCAGCCUCCUGCAGCCAGCACGGCAACAGAACUGGAAGAAGACGGCUGGAGCACAGUGUCCAAGCCACAAAAGCAGCGCAAUAAUCGAAGAUAUGGUCCGUCAAGAGGCGCGGCGUCCUGA